AUGCCCUUUUUGGCCGUUCCGAACGAGAUUGUCCUCCUGAUUGCCGAGGAACUCCAGUCACAGGCGGACCUCAGUGCGUUGGCGCAAGUUGAUCGCCGAUCAUAUCGCCUGCUCAGGGACGUCCUGUAUCAAUACAAUCUCCACCAUCACAACGGCGAUGGCAUUUUUCAGGCAGCCAAAAAGGGGUCAGCCUCUGCGGUAGCUCAGUUCGUUGAACUGGGUUACCCGGAAUGGUCAUCUGCCAGCCGUGGAGGUCCUGAUGAAAAAAAAAAUGGCCCAAAGAUCCCCGUGGAAGAAGGCACCAGGUUCCUUCCUGCUCCUAUUCAACUGGCUGCUCUUCAAGGACAUAAUCAUGUGGUUGAAUACCUUUUGUCCUGCUCUCAAAGUCCACCCGGCGAUGCUUCCAUGUCUCUUCCACCUGCAGCUGAAUCGGGUGAUAUGGCACUAGUAUCGAUGCUUGUGGAAUAUGGUGCAGAUAUCGAUUACCAGCAUAGGGAUACCAGUACUUGGGACCUAUGGCGUGCGCCAACGGCAUUGUCAACGGCAGCUCGUCGUGGCCAUCUAGCACUAGUCGAAUUCUUGCUCGACAAUGGCGCUAAUAUCAACUGCAGAACGGGGUUAUCUCACUUGGUGUCUUCGCACCUUGGCAAGACUCCCCUAGACUUGGCAGUUGAAAACGGCCACGAAGAUGUUGUCAGGGAGCUUGUAGCUCGUGGGGCUAUAAUUGACCCUGAGUGCCUACAUAUGGCCAUUACACGGUCCUCCAAGAGCAUCCUCGAACAUCUCCUCACCAAAGUUGAGUUCGGCGACAUUCAAAGCCAAAUCGACUUCCUGGAGACCGCAAUAGGCAAUGAUGAUAUGGAGGUCAUUAAGAUGCUAUUGGAUAAAGGGCUCGACCAAGAGCAUGCUUUGGUGACCGCAAUCACCCACGACAAAGAAGCCAUUGUGACUCUUCUGCUGGAGCAAGGGACCAACCCGGAUACACCCAGUGUAUCAUGGCCCCGCAAGCCUGCGAUCAAAGCUGCAAUUGGUCGUCGCCAUAUCGGCAUCAUUAAAGCCUUACUAUGUCACAGAGCUCACGUCGAUACUGAAGACCUCAGGUUUGUCAGGGACUCUGCCAAUCAUGUUCCCCAACAAAUUGCAGAGUUGGUAGAACGGUUUCCUGUUUUCCGUUUCAGUCGAAAUCUCGGAUUAUCCAUCGGUCCACGUGGUUAUCCUUUUUAUUAA